UGUGGCCGCCUCCCUCCUCCUCUCUCUUCACUUCCUGCAGUGGCAGUGUUGUGCUGCUGUUGGCUCGUAAACAUGGCGACUGCUGGAGCAGCUGGAGACGACCUGCGGAAAGAGCUCACAUGUGCAAUUUGUUUGGACUUCUUCAAAGACCCUGUCAUACUCAAGUGCGGGCACAAUUUCUGUCGCUUUUGCAUUUGUAUGCACUGGGAUGAAAAUGGCGGAGACUACGGGUACCAGUGUCCUCAGUGCCGAACGGUGUUCAACAAGAGGACCUUCACUAAAAACUACCUGGUGCAGAACCUGGUGGCCAAACUGGACGACCUGGACUGUCUGGGGUCUUGUAAUGUCCCCAAGCCCGUUAAAGUAGAUGGAAAGUGUGAUCAACACGGUGAAGAACUGAAGCUGUACUGCCAGACUGACAAGAGGCCUAUCUGUGUAGUCUGCAGGGAAUCAAGAGCACACAGACACCAUGAGGUGGCCCCAGUGCCAGAAGUUGUCAACGACAUGAAGAUGGAGUUGAAAGUGAGGCUAAUGGAGCUCAACUGGCAGAAGUCUCAAUGUGUCAAGGUCAUAACGACUGACGAGCGCACUAAAAGUGAAGUGAGGUUGAAGAAGCAAAGGCUCAAAGAGAAGAUCGAAGCAGAUGUCGGUGCCUUGGUCCAAUUCUUGCUAGAUGAAAGGGACUGUCUGCUUGAGAGCCUGGAUGCUGAGGAGGUUGCCACCAUGGCUGUUAUAGAAGACAACAUGAAGAUUGUGGACACAGAAGCAGCAAUUGUGGACAAAGCUAUAUCUGAUAUCCACAGCCACAUCGGCGGAAAAAGUAGCUUUGAGAGCCUUGCUGCUACAUUCAAUGAAGUGAUUCAUUGCAAGCCUUUCACACCUCUCGAGCCAGUUAAUUGCCAGACUGAAUUUACCGACUUCUCAGGGCCAUUUCAGCUCAUCAUGUGGAAGAAGAUGAUGCACGUGCUGCACACAAUGCCUCAGAACCUCACCUUAGAUCCCGACACCGCUCACCCAAACCUGCUUAUCUCAGACUUUGACACCAAAGUGGAGGAGGGCCGUGUUCGUAACCAGGAGCCGGACCUGCCCUCCCGCUUCAACCGCUUCUGUGGCGUCCUUGCCACAGCCCAGUACGCCAGCGGCCAACACUACUGGGAGGUGGAUGUGAGGGACAAAGGUGUGUGGUACCUGGGAGUCACCACUGAGUGCAGCAACCGGAAGGGUUUCGUCAGCCUCACUCCCUCUGCAGGAUACUGGAGCCUGUGUCUCCAGGACCGGCUGUACGCCAACGGGGAGGACGGGCGUAUUCUGGUGGCCGACUACUGGAACUCUCCUCGCGUCGGUGUGUACCUGGACUACGACAACGGGCGUCUCAGUUUCUAUGACGCUGUAACCAUGAAGAGACUGUACAUGUUUGACACCUGCUUUGAAGAGCCUGUCUACCCUUUCUUCAGCCCAGGGAAGAAUGAUCCAGGCAGCAGGCUGCACAUAUGCCACUACUAUUGAGAGGGUUCUUAAAUUUUGCUAGCAAAGAAUAAACUCACGGCAGUGUUGUCAGAUUUGCCCUUGGGCAAGGCUUUAUCUUGUAGUCCAGGCUGGAGUGACGGGGUGACGUCAAACCUCGGAGCCAUGUACUGUAUGCAUUAGAGCUGUUACUUGUUGUUCGUACCAGUUUUAGAAAAUAAGGUUUACAUUGAAUAGUAAGAACCAGGGGACUUGCCAGACUGAAGUGAAAUUUGGUAUUUUUCAACUUAGACACACACUGUAGGCUUAUACACUUGACAACUGUGGCUGGGGGUUUGGAGAGGUGCUCUGCUGUCUAUCACUGUGUCGGCUGGGUUGCAGAUGCCCCAGAUGCUCUUGUUGAGUAGAGCAUAUACAGCUCAUUUCCUGUUGGCGACCACUGUCACCCUACUGUACAUUAACUCAUUGAUCCCAGGCAGUGUCAGUGCCAUUGCAUUGUUGGGUAGAACUUGAAAAGGAAAUGACCUAUUUAUCUCACUGGUGUUGUAGAUUCCCUCAUUAUUCUGAGACUGAAGACCAGUCAGCUUGUCCAUCUUGUACUAGGAAUUCAACUCUUCCAGAAAUGAAUUGUGGGAGGUGGUUGUUUUUGUGGAUAAAUAACAUAGGCUGAAAUAAUUUUAUCCUAAACCUUUUUAAAAUCACUUCUAUGCUUAUUUUUCGUUCUAUUAAUUGACUCUUUGGGUUGAUUUGUAUAUUUCCCUGAGUCACAUUUUGAAGCUUAUUUUUGUCAUGCUCAAGGCGUGACAUCAUGACCUUCAGCUGCAUUAAACAGCUGAAAUAUUUUGUCUAUAUGUCGGAAUGAGCCGAUAUGAGACAAAGUGAAGAGUCUUCAAAUAUUUUAACAGCAGAUUAUAUGGCUUUACAACCAUGUCUCAAAAUAUGUUGUCUCUUUUGUGAACUUGUAGGCAUUUUACUUUUAGACAUUCCAUCAAUGACAGACACCUGGUGGACUUAACUCCGAAUGAAAACCUAUGGAAGGCCAAAUGAAGGUUUUAGUCCAAUUUUGUUUUUUAUUUGAUGUAUCUUUAAUUACUAGCAGUAGUUCCUCGAGUAUAUUCUUUUAACUAGCCUGGCUUUGUUGUAUUAAUUGAUAGUUUUGUUGGUCCUAACAUUUUUGGGUCUAUUAACCAACUUGGUCCUGUGUGUUGUUUUUUUUGUUUUUUGUGUAUUUGUUUUGUAAUAUUUUUGAUUUGUUAAAGCUGUUUUAUCUGAUCUGAAAUUAAGAAGUUGUAUCUGGACAGUUAUAUACAUAUUUUACUCUAAGUUUAUGAUUUUAACAUUUCUUUUAUUUGAGCUCCUCUACUACAGACUUUUUUUUUUGGGGGGGGGGGGUAUUAUGGCUUGUGUGGUUAUAGAUCCACAAAUGGGAUGUUUGCCAUCUGAGAUUGUACUUUUCUUUCUUCUUUUUUUCAUUUUUAAAAUGAUUGUAUUGAGAAGCAUAGUAAGAGAACAGUGUGAGUUAUAUUUGAGACUGGCUAUUCUGACAGCCAAGUUGCUCAGGGUGUCAUGUUUGGACUGAAACUAUAACUUUGAGUAUUUACUGAUAAAUGUCUUGUCUAAGACAAUGUACUCCAUGUAAUACACAAACAUACUUUUUAUUGUUGAAUUUUAUUCAUGUAUUCAGCUUAGCAGUUUUUGCAUUUGUGUCUUAGUAAAUGUAACUUGACGUGGGGGGUGGGGGGGGUCUUGUAAGUCCCUGUUUCUGACUCAUCACUUACUAUCAAUGUGCUAAGUGUUUCUCAGACUUUACGAGAUUAAAAGAGAAAAAUCA